AAAACUUUCCACCGUAUCCAUGGCCCGUGUGACACGAUCUCCUAAUUUUCUUCGGUUUCGUCUUCCUUCUUCGAAAACCAUAAAUUUACACUCCCAUUGCAUCCCAACAAAUAUCUCAUCAAUUCACACCCAAAACCCCAAAUUCCACCUUCCAAUCCAAAAACCUAAUUCUAUAUUUUGAAGAAAACGUCACACAGAUCAUCGUAAAACCAUAAAUUUCUAGAUGUUUUUCGAGUUACAUACCCUAAUCAUCUGAUAAUUCGCUUUCAAACCUCUUUUUUUUUUCCAAAUUAUAUUGAAUUUAUGGUUCUAUGGAUUACAAAGACGAGGAUUCAUCAAUGGAAAUAUAUAACACUGGAAAUUCAAGUGUGUAUCGACUCAUGAACGGGCCAUUGUCGGGAGGUUGGUUGGAAAUUCGCUUAUUUUACGUCCGUAUAUCGCCGUGCGUGGUUCACACCGUUCCCGACCACCUCACGCUUCGCCAUCUCCGUCGUGAAAUCGGAGUCUCCCUUGAAAUCAAUGGCUCAGGUAUCCCGGCCUCGAACACAGCUUCAAUGACUCUCCGGCGCGAUCGUGUCGAUAAGGAGUCCUCGGAGGUGACAUAUGUGAGUACGGACAGUGUUAGGGUUUCUGGGGCUGUCGAAUUUGAGGUGCAUGAGGAUGAAUUGAUUUUGUGUGGGUCAUUGGAGAGAAUGGAGCCCAAUUGGUGCAAUGGGAGUGUAGAGGGUGGUUCCAAGACGGGGUGGACAAUGGACUGUUACACUGCGGCGACGAUUGCAAGUGGUUCGUCGGCGUUUUUUCAGCCAAAAUUGGGCGUUUGUUCGCCGUCUAUUGAGGUUUAUAUUGCCGGGUGUUGCUCAGGAGUGCCUGUGAUUUUGACGAAGACAAUUCUGGUUAGUCCGAGGAGGAAAGUGACGAGGCAGUGGAUGCUAGAUUCUAUUCCGGAGGAUGAAGAGAUUGGGAAAGAGCAGAGUAGUGAAAGUGGUUUGGUCAGGCGGAAAAUGCGGAUCUCAGAGGCAGAUGUUGACGACUAUGAGUCAGAUGGAAAAGUUGGACACGGCUAUUAUGCUGAAGACAUGUACCCUGGUGAGGAUGGCCAACUCUCAUGGUUCAAUGCUGGUGUAAGAGUUGGGGUGGGGAUUGGCCUUGGAAUGUGCCUUGGUGUUGGAAUUGGUGUUGGACUGCUCAUGCGCUCGUAUCAAGCAACCACCAGGAAUUUUAGGAGGAGGUUCUUCUGAAUCUGAUCUCUUCAAUUAAAGUCACAUAGUACUGGCUAAAUGAUACAGAAUUGAAAACGGAAAGUUUUGGAAUUUUUAUUUAGAGAGAAGGAUUUUACUAUUUUAGGAUGGCAGCUAAUGAAGUGAGAAGUACAUAUUUAAGGAUUUUAACAGUAGACUGCGGGUGGAAGGUUGGACAAUGUCUAGGGUCACCUGAGAUGUUGCUCUAAUGGAAGUUGCAAUGGUCUUCUAUCUUAUACCUAUAACUGAGUGGUGGUACAGCGAAAAAUAUGGUUAUAUACAAGUCUCAUGAUAAUUCUACGAUCAAUUUAUAUGGCUGUGCCUGGGAGAAAAGACGUAUCUGAUGUUUAGCGUUAUGUAGAUAUUUUGCCUUGUUUGAAGUUUCUUUGGAGGUUUAUACCAUGGUGGUUGUUGUAGGACUUGUAACACUUUCUUUUUGUUUUUUCCUCUCAAAUUUCUUUCUUGGUUUUUGUUUGCUUCUUUUUUACCAUGUAUCAACUUUUUGAUGUUUUGCAUUCUUCCAUUACUUUGAUUGUUGCAAUAAGUUGCA